ACUUUUCCGGAGCGCAUAUCAUCGUCUUCGAACACAGAGCUUCCAAAGUGAGAAGAACUGAGACUGAGAAGAGAACCAUCCAUGGCUUCACCUUCUGCUUCGAGUCAUCUCUCCCUCAUCUCCAAGCCUUCAAAGCCGCCGCCGCAGACGCAGCCACAGCCACAGCCACUUGGCCUUCUCUUCCAAUUCCCGCCGAGCCGGUCCACUGCGUCCUCGAUCUCUCGACCGGCCGAUUCCAGGUUCAGGUGCUCGGCCAGCCAGACAGGCUUCUUCACUCGGCUUGGCCGGCUGAUGAAGGAGAAGGCGAAGAGCGACGUCGAGAAGAUAUUUUCUGGAUUCUCGAAGACCAGAGACAAUCUCGCGGUCAUCGACGAGCUCCUUCUUUACUGGAACCUCGCCGACACCGAUCGCGUCCUCGAUGAACUCGAAGAGGCUCUGCUAGUGGCCGACUUUGGUCCGAAAAUUACAAUUAGGAUUGUGGAUAGAUUGCGCGAGGAUAUAUUGGCAGGAAAGCUUAAAUCAGGAGCUGAGAUAAAGGACGCAUUGAAGAAGAGUGUUUUGGAGUUUUUAAACAAAAUGGGGAGCAAAACCGAACUCCAACUUGGUUUCAGGAAACCGGCUGUGGUAAUGAUUGUUGGUGUUAAUGGAGGCGGGAAAACAACGUCUCUUGGAAAGCUGGCUAAUAGACUAAAGAGAGAAGGAGCGAAGGUUCUACUGGCGGCAGGUGACACCUUCAGAGCAGCUGCUACUGAUCAGCUUGAAAUUUGGGCUGAGAGGACUGGGUGUGAGAUUGUAGUGGCUGAAGGAGAGAAGCCUAAAGCAUCAUCAGUGCUCUCUCAGGCCGUGAAAAGAGGGAAAGAACAAGGAUUUGAUGUUGUCUUAUGUGAUACUUCGGGACGUCUGCACACUAACUACAGCUUGAUGGAAGAGCUGAUCGCAUGCAAGAAAGCUGUUGCCAAAGUGGUUCGUGGUGCACCAAAUGUACAGUUCAUCUUUUCAUGUCACAAGCAAAAGCUUAUUAUAUCUGGAAUCUCUUCAUUUGGUUUAUUUCAGGAAAUUUUAUUAGUUCUGGAUGGGACGACAGGGUUGAAUAUGCUUCCACAGGCGAGAGAAUUCAAUGAUGUGGUAGGGGUGACCGGUUUCAUUUUAACAAAACUUGACGGUUCUGCGAGAGGUGGCUGUGUGGUCAGUGUGGUAGAUGAGCUGGGCAUCCCUGUUAAGUUUGUGGGUGUAGGUGAAGGAGUUGAAGAUCUCCAACCCUUUGAUGCCGAGGCUUUUGUUGAUGCAAUAUUUGCAUGAGGUCUUAAAGUUGGUAACCUUCUCUUGUUUUAUAUUUGCUAGAAAUUGUCGAUGCUCAUGUUGCUUCCUUUUCUUGUGCUCACUACUGCGGUACUUCAGAUGGUUCGAGGUGAUCAUGGGGGCUUCAUCACUUCGUCUGCCCAAACAAGGGAAUUGAUCGACAAGGUUCACUGGAAAUGCAACUGAGAUUUUACUGAGAGAAUGUGAAAAGACUUCCUUCCUUGGGGAUCCAUGAAUUUCUUGUGGCAUGUCACACGCUUUGAAGACCAGAGUCCUGGUGAUGGAGAUGGAAAGGUGAAUAGCGGUUUACGAAGGAUGAAUCAUUGCUUUCCCUCUCGUUUCUGCAGAUUUCUUAAAAAUGCUUUCAUCGGGUUUGUGAGUUCAUUAUCUGCACGUUAGCUAAUUUCUCUUGCCACUCCCCUAAGUGAGACA